CCCCGCCCAACCUGGGAGAACAACCAAUGGUGAGGUGGCUAUACCGGAAGUGGUUCCGGCCGGACGUCGUUUCCAAGGACGCCCAGAACCCGUGUUUGAGCCGGCGGUGCUGACGCGCCCAAUAGGGCCGGAGACUUGUUGUGACUACUGAAGAAGACCUCCGAGCCCUAGCCAUCUGUGAGCCGAGAGCGCUGGAAGAUGGCAGAUGUGCCCAAUGGUGAGCCCUGUGCCUCUCCACUGGAGCUGUUCAACAGCAUAGCCGCCCAGGGGGAGCUCGUAAGGUCCCUCAAAGCUGGAAAGGCAUCAAAAGAUGAGAUUGAUUCUGCAGUAAAGAUGUUGUUAUCAUUAAAAAUGAGCUAUAAAGCCUCCAUGGGUGAAGAUUACAAGGCUGACUGCCCGCCAGGGAACCCAGAAGCUAAGAAUAAUAGUGUCCCACAUGUCACAAAAGCUAAUGAGGAUUUCGUGGACCCAUGGACAGUACGGACAAGCAGUGCAAAAGGCAUCGACUAUGACAAGCUCAUUGUUCAGUUCGGAAGCAGUAAGAUUGACAAAGAGCUGAUAAACCGAAUAGAGAGAGCCACCGGCCAGAGACCACACCGCUUCCUGCGCAGAGGCAUCUUCUUCUCACACAGAGAUAUGAAUCAAGUUCUCGAUGCCUAUGAAAACAAGAAGCCAUUUUAUCUGUACACGGGCAGGGGCCCCUCUUCAGAAGCAAUGCAUGUAGGCCAUCUUAUCCCAUUUAUUUUCACAAAGUGGCUACAGGAUGUGUUCGACGUUCCCUUAGUGGUCCAGAUGUCCGAUGACGAGAAGUACCUGUGGAAAGAUCUGACCCUGGAGCAGGCACACAGCUAUGCUCUGGAAAACGCCAGGGACAUCAUCGCCUGUGGCUUUGACAUCAACAAGACUUUCAUCUUCUCUGACCUGGAGUUCAUGGGGCAAAGCCCAGGCUUCUAUAAGAACGUGGUGAAGAUUCAGAAGCACGUCACUUUCAACCAAGUGAAAGGCAUCUUUGGCUUCACUGACAGUGACUGCAUUGGGAAGAUCAGUUUUCCUGCUGUCCAGGCUGCACCCUCCUUCAGCAACUCAUUCCCACAGAUCUUCCAAGACAGGACAGAUAUCCAGUGCCUCAUCCCGUGUGCCAUUGAUCAGGAUCCUUACUUCAGGAUGACAAGAGAUGUGGCCCCCAGGAUUGGCUAUCCCAAACCCGCCCUGCUGCACUCGACCUUCUUUCCUGCCCUGCAGGGCGCCCAAACCAAGAUGAGUGCCAGUGACCCCAACUCCUCGAUCUUCCUCACCGAUACAGCCAAACAGAUCAAGAGCAAGGUCAACAAGCACGCGUUUUCUGGAGGGAGAGACACCGUGGAGGAGCACAGGCAGUUUGGGGGCAACUGUGAGGUGGACGUGUCCUUCAUGUACCUGACCUUCUUCUUAGAGGACGACGACAAGCUGGAGCAGAUCAGAAAGGACUACACCAGCGGAGCCAUGCUUACUGGUGAGCUCAAGAAGACUCUCAUCGAGGUCCUGCAGCCCCUGAUUGCUGAGCACCAGGCCCGACGCAAGGAGGUCACUGAGGAGAUGGUGAAGGAGUUCAUGACGCCCCGGCAGCUGUCCUUCCACUUUCAGUAACACUCGUUUUCUGUAUGCAUAUAAAGAUGUAAUCUCUCAAUAAUCAUAGCUAUGUCAAAUCACACUCCCAGUAGGCUUCUGUGACAUGAUAAUUCCUGGGCCUGGGUCUGUAAGCCUGUGUGCAUUCUAGAUGCUGUUUCUUCCUGUGCUGCUAGUAUUACCAAGUCAAAUGGAAAAUCUGGCUUAGUAUCUCCCACAAAGAGCCCCGUCUGUGGCCCACAGAGGACUGUCCAUCUAAGAACAGCCCAGAGUUCCAAGUAUAUUCCAAAAUCUGCUCUGUAUAAAAACUGUGUGAUAAACUGAAUAUGAUGUACAUCUGUAGUCCCUGCACUCAAGAGACUGAGGCAAGCAGAUCACAAUCCUUCACAGACCAUCCUGGGCUACCUAGCAAGAUCCUAUCUCAAAAAAAAAAGUUCUGUGUAUGCCUCUGUGGAAUCAAAAAUGUCAUUGUAAAACUAAAAGGUACCUAAGUGCUAUGAAAAAUAGAUGUGGGGAAGCUUAAUGGGGCAAAAGAUAUGUUUAUGUCCAUAACCCCCUCAAAGAAAAAGAGCUAAAAGCUUUGCCUUACACUUGCCUAGGAAAUCAUCCAGCUUCGCACUGGAGGUGCAGUGUGGGGGUGUAGAGCUUACCCACACACAAGGCACUGAGUUCAAGCCUCAACAAAAGAAAAAGAAGGAAGAGGAGUCACUUAGAUUUAAACCUACUUUUAACAUUGGAUAUGGUCCAAUUUGGGCAGUUUAGUGGGGGAAAUCCUUCCAGUUGACUUAACUAAACUGCAGACCAUGCAUGUCAUCCACUCCAGGAAUCAUGCUUGUUUCCUACAACAUACUAACUUUCCCACUGGAUAACCGCACACUCCGCCCUGCAGAACCUAGUGAUGGCUCCCCUCCCAUGCAGUGCUGAGGGCAGAGUUGCCUUGCACAUGCUUUGUUUUGACACUUGAAUGAAGUGGAAGUCGGCACAGAACAGUGCGCUGGCCAUGUCCGGGCCAGUGGGCAUAGGUAGACAGCAAAGCAUGGCAGCAGCCCUCCAGGUCCUGGCAUUUGCCUUGCGGGCUGGCCACAGGAACAACAGGCCUCAUGUGGUCUUGACGGAGCAGAAGCCGUAGCUCAGCCCUGAUGAAGCGGCUGUCCUCUGAAGGGCGGGGCGGGUGCAUUCUUGAGUGCUCCGUGCUUGCCAUCUUCAAGCAAAAAUAAACUUCCUUUUGCUCCUGGUUUUA